AUGCUGAACAGGUCCGUGCUGCUACUGCUAGCAUUUCUCGCAGUGGCGAUGUCGUUUGGGAUAUUCGCACGACCUUCGUCGGCAGGCAACAGUGACAUCGUGCGACAGCCAAAAUCAAAACCCGGCUCACUCAAACUUUGUCCACCAGGCGGACCAUCAUUCCUCGAUGCAUUCAAUCUGAUCUGCCCUAUGCGGCGUCGACGACGGAGCAUAGACCCAUCAUUCGAUGACAGUAGCACACUCGAGAAAACGAUGCACAAGUGUUGUGACGAAGGCUGCGAGUUUUCAGACAUUUUCCCUAUCUGUAACCCGUUUGGAUAA